AUUCAAUUCAAAAUAUCUAUCAACAGACUUAGCUCGAUUGCCUCAUCCGCCAACAACUCAAACGCAUCUUCUUCCAGACAGCUAAGCAAAAAAUAAGAAACUCGACAAAAUGCCUGCCACCGUCUCUGUCCUUUACCCCAACGAGGCUGAUGCCAAGUACAACAUCGAUUACUACGUCGAGAGCCACAUGCCCAUGGCCGCUGCCACAUGGAAGUCCGCCGGCGUCAAGUCCUGGAAGGUCACCAAGUACUCGGCGUCCCCCGACGGAAAGCAGCCCAAGUACGCUUUCGCCGGCAUUCUCACCUUCGACAGCGUUGAGAGCAUUCAUAAGGCGCUCGCCUCACCCGACACGGCCAAGGUCAUGCAGGACGUCCCCAACUACAGCAACAAGGAGCCCGUCUUCUUGAUCGGCGAGGACGCGAAGGAGGCUACUCUUUAAGUGGCUAUUUGUGGCAUGACAUCUUUGGCCGGAAGGAGCGACUUCAUCCAACAGCCAUGGACGGAGGAAUGAAGUGAACACUACCUCAGUUCGGACUGGAGCUCUAUUGAAAUAGUAGCAGUAAUGAGAAGAAUCUUAUGACAUACGAAACCGGGAUUCGCAAAAGACAAAAGGAGAGAGUCAUUGA